GGGAAAAUUGAUUCUAAACCAUGUGGUGAACCCAAGUGUUCUCUUUAGACUACAGAUGAACAAAUGUUUGUGGUGAAGGACUGCAUUUGAAUUUGAACAUGGUCACAUGUUGCUUGGUCACUUUUACAUGACAUUUAUAGUAUAUUUAAAAAAAAAAAGAUGUGUAAGGUAAUCAUGAAACUAAUCUUUAAUUAGCUUUUUUGUUUUAUCAAAUUGAAUUUGGCCUUAAACAUAAAUUUUUUUUUUUUAAUUACAAUAAAUCAAAACAAAAAUAAAAGUGAUGAAAUCAAAUUCAGUUAAAAUAUUGCAACAAAUAUUUCAGGACUCUCUCUAAAUUGCUGUAAAUACUCAGUUGGCCUGAUUUAAAGAACAGAAUGGGUUUUAUGUAGCCCGUGGGCCAGACUUUGCCCAACCCCCGUUUCAGCCUACUACGAGUCAGUCGAAGUUAGCUUUGUCCAUGUUCAUUUUCCAAGUCACCCAUCCUCACAAGGAUCACGGGGGCGUGCCGCAGCCUAUCCCAGCUAACAUUGGGGGAAAGGCCGACUACACCCUGAACUGGUUGGCAGUCACAGGGCACAUAGUGACACCAUCCUUGAGCGAGAGUUGAUCCCACGCUACCUGCACUACAGUCAGUCGCGUGUACCACUACAUCAUCAAUGACUCCGCCAAGCUCUAUUUGUCAAUAAUCAAUGACGUGAUUGAGAGUAUGAGGGAGCUAUUCCUGGAUGAGGGUAUUGAAGACUGCAUCCUCGACAAUUUACGACAACUUUGGGAGACAAAAAUGAUGGAGUCAAAGACUAUGGAUGACUUCAGGAAGAACAACAUCGACUCUCCAGACUUUGUGCUGGAGCUUCCACCAAACUACAGCCGCAAUGAUGCAGAACUCACAGCUUCAGUAAUGAUGCCCGCAAGUCAGACUAAUCACAGUUUUCCUGUCAAGACCAACUCCGAGACACUUGCUACCUUUUCACUUCCUGCUGGCCUAUCUUACCCUGUGCAGAUACCUGCUGGAGUCACUCUACAAACAGCCUCCGGUCAACUUUACAAGGUCAAUGUUCCUGUUGUGGUUACUCAGGCCCCAGCCGGACAGCAAACGGUAUCCCAACCUCCACCGGCUUCAAUCCAAGUUGGUGAAACGCUCUCUCAGGAGCCACCGCCUGCCGCGACCAUUUUGCCCGACUCCUUGACACUGCCAGACGCUACUUUACCCCGCAGUCAGGAAAGCAGCUUUCCACAGCAAGACCCUAUCCCAAAGCCCACACCGAUUGGGGUAGGGUCUUCUCCAGAACAGGAAUCUGCACUGGCUGCGGGAGCGAGCCUGUCGAAUCCAGAGCCUGUGGACCUUAGCGUCAAAAGCUCUGCCGUCGGCCAGUUUUUCGAUACCCAGGAGGCUUUGACGAAGACCACUCCGUUCAAGAGCAGUGACGUUGAUGACAUCCUCAAAGAAUUCAUUAAAGAGGAGCGAGAAAAAGCAGCAAGGGCAAGGAAUUUGGCUCACGGCAAAUGUUGCGACCAGCCUGAAGCAAUUCUCGGGCUGGACCUGGACUUCAACUACAAUGAGCUAUCCGACAUCGUACAGCUGGAUGGUACGGCAGACAAUUCGGACCUGGAAGAGGAAGAAGUCGUGCCGCUGGAGCAGAAUGACUUCCUGGGUAUAAUCAACGCAGAGGCCAUCAAGGCUCUGCAGGAAGGAGUCGGGAGCAGUGAUGGGAACACCGCCUCUUCCAGCAGUGAUAGUGAAGGCGCUGAUGAGCUUGAACAUGUAGAAGAUGAGGAUCCAUUGAAUUCAGGUGACGAUGUGUUUGAACAAGACAUCCCAGAUCUGUUUGACUCAGAGAAUGUCAUUGUUUGCCAAUAUGACAAAUUGCAGAUUCACCGCAGCAAGAACCGCUGGAAGUUCCAUUUGAAAGAUGGCGUCAUGUGUUACGGUGGCAGGGAUUACGUGUUCUCUAAAGCUGUUGGGGAAGCAGAAUGGUAAUGCACUGCUCCAUCCAUUUUGUGUAGCAUUUAUCCUCACGAGGGUUGCAGCAGGUCAGGGCGGCCCAUCCCAGCCUACGUUUUAAGUGAGAGGUGACCCUGAACUGUCUGCUGGCCAAUCAUAGGGACUGCUACUUGUAAUAAAAAAACAAGAGAACAUGCUGCCUAAUUAGCUAUAUUGUAUUUAUUUUUUUAUUUAUUACUAUGAUUACAGAAGAAUCUACACAGAAAAUUACAGUAUUUUGGUUGCAAAUGUAAUAUAAUUUCACGUUAAUUAUUCUGUAUUUUUUUUAAUACUCUGGUUUAAAGGGUCUGCCUGUCGUGUUGCCAAUAUGAGUUCCUAGCUUGAUUGUAAUGUUUAUUCCUCACAUAUAUUUACUACACCGUGUGCAACAGUCAAUAAACAUUGAAACGGGGAGUUUCCGUUAUUAUGGUUAAAACCAGAUCUACCAAGAUUUCUUGAAUAUAGUUGGGGUUGGACUUUUGCACUCACUAUACACUAAAUUAACUACAGUAUGGUCAUGAGUAAUAGUUCAGUAUGAAAAAUUUUGCCUUACAGAUGGUAAUAUUUAUAAUGCUAAAUUUAACUGCCACUGUCAGACUGGUACCAGCUCAUUGUUUUACAAUGCUGUCAAGGAAUGUACUACAGUAUAUCAUAUUGAAAGCUGCUGGGCUUCACGUCCUUCAAUAAAAUAGCAACACGCUACAUCUUUUCUAUAAAUGCAAAGAAAAAAAAUCAACACAUUUACGAUGAUACAGGUAUUUUGUAUACAGUCUUGUGGCAUGUCAGCGGCACACAGUGUACAUUUAGUGUAUGUGCAAUACAACGGACGAUGCUAGCCGAAGGGAAAAUCUGAAUUGCAGAAUAUUCUCUACAUAUUUGUCGAUGCCAGGACAAUAAACUGUUUGUGAUAAGAGUGGUUUAAACCUGGCUGACUUGGACAAUAAUACAUCUCUCAGUCUCUAUGUCAUAUACAAUGAACAGUAACCUGGCCCCCUUUAUCUUUACAAAAAUGUUUUA